AAACUACUGUUAUAUGGGAGGUAGGCGUGGUUAUUGUCCGAUAUUGUGUAUUUUCGAUACCAUUCGCCCCACGCAUAAAAGAACUACGCAUACCAAGUUUCAUUCAGAUAACUCCAUUUUUACUCGAGUUAUCGUGUGCACAGACGGACAGUCACCGCUUAAUCGAUUUCAAUGCGUCGGCACGCAAGCGAGAUUUCCUAACACGUGAAGGCGGCCGGUUUCACCUAGCUAAGUACUCGGUAACUUGGCGUUCGGUAAUUUUCCGCAUGUAUUUUGUUUGUGUAAAAUUAUUUAAGAUAUAUGGUAAAAAUUACCAAACAUCGAAUUGCCGGUUACCAAAAUCUAGAGAUCUACGUUCUUUGGUCUUUUAAUGAAAAUUGUUUAGAAUAUGCUAGAUAUUCCAUAAAAAUUACUAAACCUAUACAGAUGACACUAGGUGUAGCAUUAUGUUUCUCAGCAACAAUGGGUAGGAGUUGUUAUGUUUCAGUAAUAUGUUUAUAGACAUUCACAGCUGACCACCUGAUAUCAACAUUAAUUAUAGUACAUAUAGCUUCCUUAAACUACAAAAUAAAUAAUAAUAGAUAUAAACUAGAAGUCAUCGGAAUUAAACAUUCGUAAUAUGAUUGAAAUAAGGGCAAAGCUAGUACGCGCUGAUUCGGCCAUAUACGCUACAGGAGAAAGAGUGGAGUGUCUCAUUGAAUUCACACACAUUGGUUCACCUGGUGGUGAUAACAUCCGCAUGGAAAAUUUAGCUUGGGCCUCGGCGCAGUUACAUUGUUAUCGCAAGACGAGCUACAAUGUUGCAACCAGUGAUAAAGUGAAUGAAUUGGCAGAACUAGUAGGCAAAACAGCAUUGGAUGCUGUAACACAAGCAAGUGGCGACAUCAUAAUUGCUACAAAUCCUAAAAUUUUAUUUUGUGAUUUAAAACUGUCGCCAGGUGAAACCAAAAUAUACUUUUUCAAUGAAAUUUUGCCACGUAACGGACCACCAACAUAUCGAGGGCACGACAUUAAGUAUUUCUACAAAAUUACAAUAGCCACACAACGAGUUAAAUCCAAGGUACAAAUGCUUGCUGUGCCUAUACGUGUUCUACCUAUUCCAAUUAUUGCGCGCCUAGAUGAGAUGCACUGCACUGAAGAAACAAAUGACGAGCUAGCACCCACAAAUCCCUUCCUAGAAAAGCGUGAAAUUUCCGAACUGGAGAUAUCUUGGCAUCAUCUUAAGAAUGUAACUGCCCGUCGGGCACCUAAAUAUUACCGUAUAUCUAACAAGCGUGGAUUUGUCGGACGCUUUUGCCUGUUUAAGUCUUCUUACAAAAUUGGUGAAGACAUUGUUGGAAGUUUGGACUUCAGUAAUUGUAAUGUGCGUUGCGUACAGUUUUCUGUUAAACUACAAUCACAAGAAAUAUCUCUGCAAUCCAACGCCAACCAGACCAGUGGUGACUUAAACGACGCCUCAUCAGUAAAUUCAUUAGACUUGGCAAGUGUUGCAAGCGGUACAGCAAUAGAUAAUCUUCACAAAUCGAAGACAUCGGCUAGUGCGCGCAAUGCAGAAGCUGAAGAACCUGUAGGAAAGGUGAGCACGUUUACCACCAUACACCAAGUUUGCUAUGCCAUGUUGAAGACCUCUGUAAUUAUACCUAUUCCACUGCAUGUAACACCCUCAUUUCGAACUGAUUUGGUGGAGUUACGCUGGCGGUUACAUUUUGAAUUCGUCACAAGCACAAUGAUGGACUUUGGGAAACCCAAUCCAAUUGAAGGUGAACUAAAAGCCCCUGCGGAAAUACCAGUCGAAACCAUGGUGUGGAACUUACCGGUUACUGCAAUAUAUGCGGCUAACCCGCUUCAAAUAUAUUCACCAAGUCAAACACAUAGUCUACUUAUUAAGUAAAUGACUGCAUUAUCUGUGUAUUUUCAAUAUUCAAAGCAUAAUAAAAAAUAAACACAUAUGUAUAUAUGUGCAAAAUGAUGUUAUUCCUCGAAAGUUGUUACAGUGUUUAUCGACCUACCUUUCCCAGUUUUGUAUCUGUUUUAGGAUUAGCAAUUAAAUCUUGAACAGCUACAAUUGUUUCAUUGAUUUUUGUUUGUAACUGGCGUAAACUUUGUAUUUGUAA